UGAACCAGAGAAUAAGAAAAUGACUUCCGGUCCGUUGGUCCUUUGGUUGCUGCUGUAACUGACUCAGGAUCAGCUUCACUCAUCUACACUAGCUUCAUCACAGUGAGGGACCGUUCCGUCAAAACUGAUUCCGCGACAGAUUCACAGCAAACUGCGAUUUCACCUUGACACAAGUAUGGCGUCGGCUACGAAAAUGAUCCAGAGGCUGAGGAAUGUGCUGUCAGGGCAAGAUCUCCAGUCCAAACUACAACUUCGGUACACUGAAAUUUCAAAGAGGACUCAGCCUCCACCUAAACUUCCCGUUGGACCGAGCCAUAAAUAUGCGAAUAACUACUACUGUCAGAGAGAUGGACGCAGAGAGUCUGUUCCACCGACUGUGCUCAUGUCUUCACAGAAGGCCCUGACAGCUGGAAGUGAGGCUUCUGGAAAACCCAAAAGCCCUGUUACUCCAGGGUCGCCACUGAAGGAGCUUCCACUGAGCGUGGACUAGAUUUACCUUUUCAAAUGUGUUCUUCUCAAUAAAGGAUGUGUAUAUACAAGA